CGGGUUAAAAGCGGCGGCAGAUGAACGGGGAGGGACCUUAAAGCUGCGGGACGCGGGAGCGGAGCGGAGCAACGCGCCCGUCGCGUCCCGCGUGUCCUGCCGAGCCGUGCCAGGUAAAAGGACACAGAAAAGAAGAUGGACUGGGGAACUCUGCAGACUGUUUUAGGAGGUGUAAACAAACACUCCACCAGUAUCGGGAAGAUAUGGCUCACAGUCCUGUUCAUCUUCCGUAUCAUGAUCCUGGUUGUAGCUGCAGAGAGAGUCUGGGGAGACGAACAACAAGAUUUUGUCUGCAACACACUUCAGCCUGGCUGCAAAAAUGUGUGCUAUGACCACUUUUUCCCCAUCUCUCACAUCAGACUCUGGGCCAUGCAGCUGAUCUUUGUCUCCACACCUGCGCUGCUGGUGGCCAUGCACGUGGCCUACAGGAGGCACGAGAAGAAACGGCGAUUCAGAAAUGGUGAGAAAAUUGAUAUUGAAGAGUUAAAAAAUGAAAAGAUUCACAUCCGGGGUCCCUUGUGGUGGACAUACACCAGCAGCGUCUUCUGCAGGAUCGUCUUUGAAGCUGUCUUCAUGUAUGUGUUCUAUUACAUGUACGAUGGGUACCAGAUGCCCCGCCUGGUGAAGUGUGAUGCUUGGCCCUGCCCCAACGUAGUGGAUUGUUUUGUGUCUCGGCCCACCGAGAAAACCACAUUUACUAUUUUCAUGCUUGCUGUGUCUGGGAUCUGCAUGAUGUUGAAUCUGGCUGAGUUGUGUUACCUAGUGAUAAAAGUUUGCAUGAAAGAACCCAGAAAAACAACAGUUUUGAAAUAACUCCCCAGUUGCAGGAUCUCCUAGCUCCCCAUUUCCCUUAAACUUUCUUAGGUGUCAGAAAACAAUAAGCAAUAUUUUCCACAGUCAAGGAAAAGCAUAAAAAUGAAUGUUCAUUUGUGUUUAAAAAAUUGUAGCCUCCCUGGGAAGCUGACACUGAUGAGGUUUUAAAUAUCAUGAGCUAAUUCAGUAUUCCUGCAUUCAGAAAUAGGGAGGAGCCUUCUGGCAGCAGCCUUUUUAAUUAUGCCUGCUGCUGGCUCUCUUGUUGGGUCAGAGUCACUUUUCAAAAAGUGGGAGUAGGAGGACCAGAGAAGAAUCUAGUGCCCAAAGGAGAGCCAGGAAUCACAAAACCAAAACGUCAGCUCAGAGGGAAGCCAAUAACAAAGGGUUUCAGCUAAAAGUGGGGUAAAAGGUUUUUGUGGGACAUUGCAGCUACAGUGAAAAGGAAGAAGACAAGGGAUGAUUAUGUUUAUAGUAGGUGUCCUCUCUAAGUAAUCUGGAGAGCAAGGAAAUGGCCUAGGAACACAGGUACUCCAUGGCAUUGCAUGGUAUCAGCUCUGCUGGGCACCAGCAAUGGCUUUUAUCUUUUUAUCUUUUCAUCUUCUUGCCUG